AUGGGGAGCAGGCUCGAGUUUAUUCUUCAGUCAUCCCUCUUCUCCGUGAUCACCUGUGCCCUCUUGCUAUUACUUCCCUCUGGCGUGGUGGCAAAGCACGGUGGCUUCGACGUUGGGGUGGUCCUCGACCUUCCUAGCGCGGUGGGGAAGACGACCCUCACCUGCAUAAACAUGGCGCUGUCCGACUUUUACGCGGCGUACCCCAACUCCACCACGAGGCUCCGUCUCCACCCUAGGGACUCCACCGGCGACGUCGUCCAUGCCGCCUCCGCUGGUGAUCACCCCAUCCCUUCUUUCCAACACCCUUCCUCUAGCGCAUGUGUUUGAACCUUAGCUCCAAAAACUAUGAGUAAUUUCAUGUGAACAUUUGUGACUUAGCAAAAAGGAAAUAGAAGACGCCUGUGUUAAGCAUAUCCGUAAGCGAUAGUUAAGGCACAAGAAGUAGGAGUCGUUAGCAUAAUAAACUGAACCAUUAUAAAUGGACAAUAAAUAGUUUGUUUUUUAAUACCAUAAUAUAUUAUCGAUAUAAUAUCAGUUUUCCGUUCUUCUGUUUCGCUUUCUUCUGGAAGUUGCCACGAAAUUUCUGGCAAGAACCCAAUGUGGACUUUCUAUCGGAGACUGUUGACCUUGUCUACAGGGUCUAGGGAUUUCCGUGAAAUUUUCGGCUAUUUCUGAUCGGUAUAUUCAAUUCUGUCGUUCUCGUCGAACUGCAGCCGUUGACCUGAUGAUGAAUGAGAAAGUUCAAGCGAUAGUGGGGCCGCAGACCAGCGUCGAGGCCAUGUUCCUUGCGGACCUCGGCACCCGAUCCCGCGUCCCGGUCAUCUCCUUCUCUGCCACAAGCCCCUCCGUCUCUCCUAAGGAAAAGUCUUACUUUGUCCGGGCGGCUCCUAACGAUGCAGAUCAGGCGGAGCCCAUUGCUGCCGUCGUCGGAGCUUUCGGCUGGAAAAGGGUUGUCGUCGUGUACGAAGACACGAAUAUCGGGUCUGGUCCGAUGCCCAGUCUAUUCGACGCCCUAAAAGAUGUCAAAGCCCGAGUCCCUUACAGGUUAGUUGUCUCCCCGACGGCCUCAAAGGAAGGGAUCCUCAAGGACCUCUACAAGCUCAAAACGAUGCAGACCAGGGUGUUCGUGGUACACAUGGGUUCGUCUCUUGCCUCUCGAUUCUUUCCUCUGGCAAUGGAGGCGGAAAUGAUGAGCGCGGGGUACGCUUGGAUCAUAACCGAAGGCCUGGCCGAGCUGUUGGAUUCUGUGGACGCUGCUGUUGUCCACUCAAUGCAGGGGGUAAUCGCCGUAAAGCCUUAUAUUGCCGAAUCGAAGGUCUUAGGGGACUUCAAGAGAAGAUGGAGAAAGAAAUUCCUGCUUGAAAAUCCAGACAGCCUCUUAUCCGAGCCAUCCACCAUUGGGCUUCGCGCCUACGACACGAUCUGGGCACUGGCGAAGGUGGCGGAGACUCUAGGGGUGGUGUCCGCCCGUUACGCCGUGACGGAUAUCGCCGACACCUCCAGCGACAUGGCGCUUCUGGGGACCUCCGAAGCCGGCCCAGAGAUUCUCGACUCCCUCUUAAAUACGACAUUCGAUGGACUGAGCGGAAAUUUUCGUCUAAUCAACGGGGAACUGCGCACAUCAGCGUACGAGGUAGUCAACUUGAUCGGCACAAGUCAACGUGAGGUAGGGUUCUGGACGCCACCAAGGGGGUUGUCAAGGCAUUUGGAUUGGAGUGACCAGAGAGAGAGGUCCACUUCGAGAGAGAACCUCGGGUUAAUCAUCUGGCCUGGGGAGUCCACUGUCGUCCCCAAGGGUUGGGUAGAACCCGUUGGCGAGGAGAAGAUAAGGGUAGGCAUCCCCAAGGAAUCCGGGUUCGACUUGAUAAUGAAGACGGACUACCAACUAUCGACCAACAUGACUAUCGCAAGCGGGUUCGUGAUAGAGGUGUUCGAGGAGGCCGUGAAGAAACUCCCGUAUGCCAUCCCCUUGGAGUACGUGGCCUACGAAGGAAGCUACGACAGUCUGGUCAAACAGAUCGCCCUUCAGGUCGGGAAGCUACUGCCGACCCUUUUUCAUUCUGAUCAUCCUCAUUCAGAAGGGCUGACCGGUAGAUUAUGCGACAGAAAUUCGAUGCCGUCGUUGGGGACAUCACCAUAACGUACGACAGAUCAUUGUCAGUGGAUUUCACACUCCCCUACACCGGACGCGGCGUCGCGAUGGCGGUGCCAGCGAAGGACCAGCGGGGAGAGAAUGGCUGGAUCUUCCUCAAGCCGAUGGUGCUGGAGCUCUGGCUGGCGGCGGGGGCUUUCUUCGUCUUCACGGGGGCCAUCGUCUGGGUGCUGGAGCACAGAGUAAACAACGGGUUUAGAGGGCCGCGCGCCAGUCAGAUCGGUUCCGUCUUCUACUUCUCCUUCUCCACUCUCGUCUUCGCCCACAGUUAGUAUAUCUCUCCCAUCUCCCUUUAUCUAUCGCCUAUUGCCAUGGACAGUCAUGAAUCUUCCUGAGCUAAAUAUCAAAUAGAGUUCUCUCGUUAAUGACGAGCACCAUUGCAGAGGAGAAGGUGGUGAGCAAUCUGUCGAGAGUUGUGGUGAUAGUCUGGCUGUUCGUGGUGCUCGUCCUGACCUCCAGUUACACUGCCAGCUUGGCGUCGAUGUUCACUGUCCGAAGGCUCCAGCCAAAGUACAGCGACAUCAACGACCUCAGGAGGAACGGAGAAUCCGUGGGCUACCCGAAGGGAUCCUUCGUGGAAAAAGUGCUCAAGGACUUGGGAUUUCAUGAAACCCAGAUGAAGGGCUAUCUAACCCCUGAAGAAUACAAGAUGGCGUUAGCCAAAGGAAGCAAAAACGGAGGCGUCUCUGCAAUUGUUGAUGAGAUCCCAUAUCUCCGAGUCUUCAUCAAGGACCAAUGUUCCAGCUACACCAUUACGGACCUGAUACACAAUACCGAAGGAUUUGGUUAUGUAAGUAUCUCUCUCUCUCUCUCUCUCUCUCUCUCUCUCUCAUCUUCAAGCGGUUCUAAGGUGCACUGGUUUUUGUAAACUUCACUGUGAAGGCAUUCCCGAAGGGUUCCCCUCUCGCCAUCGAUUUAUCUCGAUCAAUCUUGAACAUGACGGGAAGCAACAAGAUACUGGAGAUCGAGAACAGGUGGUUCCGGGAAUACAGCAGCUGCGCGGAGAAAGAGAGCGAUAUAUCCUUGAACAUCCUCGACUUCAAAAGCUUCUGGGGGCUCUUCUUCAUCACCGGCCUCGCUUCCACCACCUCUUUCCUCGUCUUCAUCGUUUCUUUCCUCCGCAAGAACUGGGAACCACUCAGCCGGGAGGUGUCGGGGAUGUCCCUGCGGCAGAAGAUCUUCGCCAUCUUCGAACACUUCGACCGGGAGGAUCUCCCCCCCACAGCUUCUCCCAGAAGCUGUUCAGUAUCAAAAGCGGAACGAACGGAGCCUUACAGAAGUGGGUCUGAGAGUCCCUUCUGCAUGUCGAACAACUCGUACAUCCAGGGAAAUUUGUCGCCAGAUUUGGUUUCAAGUUCAUGCGUUGGCACUCCAUAUCAUAGUCAGCGUUCAUGA